AUGACGGACGUCGAGAUGAAGGUCGACAACCCACAGGAAACUGUGGAGAAGAUUAAGCAGGGGGAGAUCGAUGAAUCUUUAUACAGUCGACAGCUGUAUGUGCUUGGACAUGAGGCUAUGAAGCGCAUGGGUACUUCGAAUGUCCUUGUUGUCGGACUGAAGGGCCUUGGUGUUGAGAUCGCUAAGAACAUUGCUCUCGCCGGUGUGAAGUCUCUCACUUUAUACGAUCCCGCGCCCGUUGCCAUUUCAGACCUUUCCUCCCAGUUCUUCCUUCAAGCCCAAGAUGUCGGCAAGCCGCGUGCCGAAGUGACGGCCCCUAAGGUUGCCGAACUCAACUCAUAUGUUCCCGUCACGGUCCACGAAGGUGGCAACCUCGCAGUGGUACUUACUCUCACACCCCUGAAGGAUCAACUUGCUAUUGCAGACUUCUGCCACAAGAAUGGCAUCUACCUCACCAUUGCCGACACCUUCGGUCUUUUCGGUUACCUCUUUAACGACUUUGGAAAGAACUUCACCAUUGGUGAUGCUACAGGUGAAGAGCCUGUGAGCGGCAUUGUGGCCGGCAUUGAUGAGGAUGGUCUAGUGUCCGCUCUUGACGAGAGCCGACACGGUUUAGAAGAUGGAGACUAUGUGACAUUCACUGAGGUGAAGGGCAUGGAUGGUCUGAAUAACUCUGCUCCUCGCAAAGUUACUGUUAAGGGUCCUUACACGUUCCAUAUUGGUGAUGUCUCUGGCCUGGGGACGUACCAGUCUGGCGGUAUCUUUACACAGGUCAAGAUGCCCAAGUUUGUCGACUACCAACCCUUGGAGGAGCAGCUCAAGCAACCUGAGCUUAUGAUUUCGGACUUCGCCAAGUUUGACCGGCCGCAACAGCUACACAUCGGUGUCCAGGCACUCCACAAAUUUGCCGAGGGCCGUGAUGGCCAGCUUCCUCGCCCUCACAACGAGAGUGAUGCCCAGGAGGUCCUCAAGAUCUCUAACGACCUCGCCUCAAACCAGGAAGACAAGGUCGAACUGGACGAGAAGCUUAUUAAGGAGCUUAGUUACCAAGCACGCGGUGAUCUCAGCCCUUUGGCCGCGUUCUUUGGUGGUGUUGCAGCGCAGGAGGUCCUUAAAGCUGUCUCAGGAAAGUUUAGCCCAGUUAAGCAAUGGCUUUACCUAGACUCGCUCGAGUCGCUUCCGACUUCCACUACCCGUUCUGAAGAGAGCUGCAAACCACUUGGAACCCGGUAUGAUGGCCAAAUUGCUGUUUUUGGUAAAGAGUUCCAGGACAAAAUCGCCAACACUACCCAGUUCCUUGUUGGCGCAGGUGCAAUUGGAUGUGAGACUCUCAAGAACUGGGCCAUGAUGGGUUUGGGAACUGGUCCUAAAGGCAAAAUUUAUGUUACCGAUAUGGACCAGAUUGAGAAGAGCAAUCUCAACCGUCAGUUCCUAUUCCGCAGUAAGGAUGUUGGCAAGCUUAAGAGUGAGUGUGCCUCAGCCGCUGUUCAGGCCAUGAACCCCGAGCUAGAGGGCAAGAUUGUCGCAUUGCGUGACCGUGUCGGGCAAGACACUGAGCAUAUCUUCAAUGAGGAAUUCUGGGAAGGAUUGGACGGGGUUACCAACGCGCUGGAUAACGUUGAUGCCAGAACUUACGUUGAUCGUCGUUGUGUCUUCUUCCGCAAGCCUCUCCUCGAGAGUGGCACUCUUGGCACCAAGGGCAACACCCAAGUUAUCCUUCCGCAUAUCACCGAGUCCUACUCCAGCUCCCAGGAUCCUCCCGAGAAGUCCUUCCCCAUGUGCACUCUGAAGAGUUUCCCCAACCGGAUUGAGCACACCAUUGCCUGGGCCAGGGAUCUUUUCCAGACCUACUUUGUUGGACCCCCUGAGGCUGUCAACAUGUAUCUCUCACAGCCAAACUACAUUGAGCAGACGCUCAAACAGGCUGGCAAUGAGAAGCAGACUCUAGAGCAACUGCACGAUUUCUUGGUGGCCAACAAGCCAUUGACUUUUGACGAUUGCAUCGCCUGGGCUCGCCAUCAAUUUGAAGGUCAGUACAACAAUGCAAUUCAGCAGUUACUUUACAACUUCCCUCGGGAUUCCAAGACCUCUUCUGGACAGCCUUUCUGGUCCGGCCCCAAGCGUGCUCCAACACCUUUGAAGUUCGAUAGCUCCAACCCCACUCACCUCGGGUUCAUCGUCGCCGGAGCGAACCUCCACGCUUUCAACUAUGGAAUCAAAAACCCCGGAGCAGACAAGGAAUACUACCGCAAGGUUGUCGAUAAUAUGAUUAUUCCUGAAUUCUCUCCCAAGUCUGGCGUGAAGAUCCAGGCAGAUGAGAAUGAGGCCGACCCGAACGCUGGAAACGCGGGCUCAUCUUUUGAUGAUAACGAGGAGAUCCGACGCCUUGUCGGCUCGCUGCCAUCGCCGAAGUCGCUUGCUGGAUUCCGCUUGAACCCAGUUGAGUUUGAGAAGGAUGAUGAUACCAACCAUCAUAUUGACUUCAUUACGGCGGCUAGCAACCUCCGUGCCGACAACUAUGAAAUUCCUCAGGCUGACCGUCAUAAGACUAAAUUCAUAGCUGGCAAGAUCAUUCCUGCUAUUGCGACGACCACCGCGCUGGUUACUGGACUGGUGGCCCUAGAGUUCUACAAGAUUAUCGACGGCAAGGAUGACAUUGAACAGUAUAAGAACGGCUUUGUGAAUCUUGCACUUCCAUUCUUCGGUUUCAGUGAACCCAUUCCUAGCCCCAAGGGCAAAUACCAGGGCAAGGAGGGUGAAGUCACCAUCGAUCAACUCUGGGAUCGCUUCGAGGUGGACGAUAUUCCUUUGCAGGACUUCCUCAAGCACUUCUCUGACAAGGGCUUGGAAAUCAGCAUGGUCAGCUCAGGAGUGAGCUUGCUGUAUGCCAGUUUCUAUCCCCCCUCGAAGGUGAAGGACCGCCUCCCAUUGACGAUGAGCAAGUUGGUGGAGCAUAUCAGCAAGAAGCCCGUUCCGGAGCAUCAAAAGAACAUCAUCUUUGAAGUUACGGCUGAAGAUACAACUGAGGAGGAUGUCGAGAUCCCUUAUGUGAUGAUCUCGCAGUUUAUCACCCAACCCAAAAUCAUCACAUCCCACAGAAGCUCCGUCGGCCCCGCACAGCUCCUCCCCUCUUCAACGCGCAGUAUGGCGACUAGUAAUGCCGAUAAGAUCACUGACUGGGUCAGUCGCAAUGACAAAUCGGGCGAGUUCAAACGGCAGACUUCCGUCUUCCGCAAUUGGAUCUCCAGAGAGCCAGGCGCAGAAUUCCCCCCAGAGAAGGACCGUUACCACCUCUAUGUCUCCUAUGCUUGCCCAUGGGCUCAUCGCACAUUGAUCACCCGGAAGCUCAAGGGUCUGGAAGAUUUUAUUACCUUCACAUCUGUGCACUGGCACCUGGGCGAGAAAGGCUGGCGCUUCGUAACCUCAGACGAAAAGCUCCCCGGAGAAAACACAACCCCAGAUCCAUUACACUCUGAUGUCACCCACCUGCGGGACAUCUACUUCGCCAACGACCCAGACUACACAGGCCGAUUCACCGUCCCAGUGUUAUACGACAAGAAGACACAACGUAUCGUAAGCAACGAGAGCGCCGAGAUAAUCCGCAUGCUCUACUACGAAUUCGAUGACCUCCUCCCCUCGAACUCUUCUCAAAAGCUUCUCGACCUCUAUCCAACCGAUCUCCGCAGCCAGAUCGACACCUCAAACGAGUGGAUCUACAACGAUGUCAACAACGGCGUCUACAAGUCCGGUUUCGCAACCACCCAAGAAGCCUACCAAAAGAACGUGACGACGCUCUUCUCCUCCCUCGACAAGAUCGAAGCGCACCUCCAGAGCAACGCCUCACCGUACUUCUUCGGUUCGGCGCUCACUGAAGCGGAUAUCAGGCUUUUCACGACGAUCGUCCGAUUUGACCCUGUGUAUGUGCAGCAUUUCAAGUGCAAUAUCCGUGAUAUCAGAUCCGGAUAUCCUGCUAUUCAUCGCUGGUUGAGGAAUCUGUAUUGGGACAUUCCGGCGUUCCAGGAGACCACGGAGUUUGAGCAUAUCAAGUUUCAUUAUACAAAAAGUCAUACGCAGAUCAAUCAGUUCGCGAUUACGCCUGUUGGGCCGGUGCCGGAUAUUUUGCCAAAGGAAGAGGAGGUUAGGGCUGCUGCUGCUAUGAAGAAGUAA